UGAAAUGGCAAGCGCCACGACGUCAAUUUAACCGACGACCACCAAGCCGCUCCUUCUCCAUUCCACUCUCUUUAGGAUCGUAAUUACUUUAGCAGUGCAGUCAUGCACCGCCGAAAGUCCAGCAAGGAAGACGUGGACGACGGAGAUACGUUUGUCCUCAUUCCCGAUGAUGAACCAACUACGGCGCCUACGUUGACAGCGGCGCCUGGUAGGCAUCGUGUUCCUGCGCUGCCACAACUUGGUCCAGGAAUACCAGCAAGGCAACCACCAGUCAGACGUCCACCUAGUAUCUCCCUCAAUUCACCUCCUAGUUCACCCUUCCGUGCAUCACAUGCCCGGGUACGAAGCAUAUCCUCAGGUCCAUUCGUACCUCCCGUAUCAUCUCCGCUUGCAAAUACAUUCCAUGUCCCACUUCAUCCGUUUGAACCGGACUCGAGCAAUGAUGCCGCAGAUGGAGGCAGAGGCCACGGACGAAGACACUCCCGAAUGCAUUCCCGUAACCUGUCGAUAUUCUUUCCCCGCCCGCACGCAACCAUUUCUGAAGAUCUCCCCUCAGAUGUUGAAUCUGCCCCAAAUAACAGAUCCCAAUCCCAAAUCGACCUUCAUAUACCCGUAUCUCAAAGCGAGCCCCUUCAAAUCGGGCAUGACCGUACCGCUUCUUUUUCAUUCGGCUCCUCGGGCACCAUGCCAAAGUCAGACUCCACAGGAGCAGUCCCAGCUGGCGUGACAGCACGUAGAGGGCAUCAUCAUAAGCAUUCUCUCUCUCAUAACUUCUUUUCUUUUCUUGACCCUUCCCGUCAAUCACAACCUGAAGCCAAACCCGAGGAAUUGCAUACGGCACCUACGCCUGCUCCAAUGUCUCCCUGGAGCCCGGUGAGCAACAUCCAAGGCGGUGAGAGCGUAAGCUCUAGCAACGCCGAUCUCACAACAGGCACUAGUUCUCGCUCAAACUCUGCGUCUCCAGCACCUUCUCCUUCACCUUCUCAGACCAACUUCUCGUGGAAUCUAAGCAAAAACGGGAAUUUGGCACGAGUUGCAUGCGUGCUGCAGUUCUGCUUGGGCGCCUUGGUCUGGGUGCGCGGUCAGGCUAUUGGGUCGUUGGCGUGUACAGGCCUGGGGUAUUGGGUCGUGUUCGACGCGUUUGGAAUAGCGGUGGGCGGGCCUCUUCUUGGGAUGGGCAAGGGUGGCUUUGGCCCAGCACGCACGCAAACAACCCUCCUCUUCGCCCAAUGCGUCUACCUCAUGUUCGCAGGCGUAUACGUAGCCAAAGAAGCUGUCGAACAUAUUCUUCUUUCUGCGGGACACGGUCAUGGACAUGGCCGCCCUUCUCCCUCCCCUUCCUCCACUGCGUCAAGUAUAACACGGAAUGCAUCAACUUUGGCUCUGAAUGCAGCUGGAGGUAUCACAAGAGGCCUGGGUCUGCACGGCGCAGGUGAGAUGGGGAAUGAUGGGCAUCAUCAUCAUCGGGGUGAUGAGAGGCCUGAUAUGUUGGGACUGCGCUACCCGCUCGGUCUCAUCAUCAUCGUCCUCCUCUCGCUCCUCGUGACUUCUUUUGUGUUUGAGCAGCAUGAUGUGUUGGUAAAAAUAACGAACAAACAUAUCCACCUCCCAUCCCCCUUCUCUCUAUUCCAGCGCUCCCGACUCCCAUCAUUCCCGGCAAGUUCACUCUCAGACAGACAGGCGCCAUGGGAGAGAAUACUGAGGAAUCCGUAUGCUCUUCCUCCAAUUCUGUUCUGUGUUGCGAUUCUGGGGGGCGAGAUAGUUUUGAAUGUCGCACACUACACACCCUUUGACCUUUCUUUAGCAACCCUCCAAGUCAUCAUCACCACACGCGUCGCGUACACAGCAUGUAUAGUCCUAGGCGGCGUAUUAUUGCAAACCGCACCUGCAGCAUCGUUCUCCAUGAGCGCUGGCGGUAUCAGUGGUAUCGGCAAGGGCGCGAACAGUAGGGGCAUAGGCGCAAAAAGCAUGACAAGCGCAAAAGGCACCAACACUUUAGAAACAAAAAUGGAAUCCUUCUGGCACGUCGUCCGCGAAAUCGAAAGACAUGAGCACGUCACGAGUCUUCCUGCUCCACAUGUGUGGCAGGUGUGUCCGCCUGGACAGACAUCUUUUGGGCAGGGGGAGACGAGGUCUUCUGUGUCACGGUCUGCGUCGCGGUCUGCGUCACGCGGGUUUGCGUCUGCUUUACGGUCUGCUUUCUCACCCUCUGAUUCCUUCCCUUUUUUCGAUGCGGUGAGAGGGCCGGAUGCUGCUACGGAACCGCAGUUGAUGAUCACGCUCUCACCGCACGUGCGGUCUUCGUUGCGUGAUGAAGAGGUGUUGAAGUUUACGCGGUGGGCGUGUGAGCGGGUUAGAGGAGCGUUCGUGGGUGAUGGAGCCAGGGGACAUGGGAUGGAGGUGGAGGUUUGUGUGGGUGUUCUUAGGGGGUAGGUUUGCGGGUGUGGUAGAGGUGCAUGAGAGGAGGUCGCAGUGCGAUAUACCAAAACUUCUAUGUUUCUACCUUUCCCAGUUACGCUGAAUACCCUUCUGAUUCUGACAGCC